AUGUACCAGCGGGUAAAAGCAUAUCUGCAGAAGAUAUACAAAUACAGGCUAGCACAUCAAGAAAACCUGAGCAUUCCAUUAAAAAUAAGACAGCAAAAACACCUAAACGAAAACCUAAAAAAAAACAUGAAAGAUUCUUCGAGUGAAACCGAUGACGAAGGUGAAAUUCAGUAUGCUUCAGACUCGACCAUUAAUCUCUCUGAUGAAUUCAUCGCAGAUAAAUCUGCAGCGGCUGCCGUUGAUAUCCCGAAUGCUACGCAGUUUAUUCCCAAGCCAGACGAUUAUGUUUUAGUAGAAUAUGAAGGCGAACAGUGGCCGGGGCAAGUCAAGACCGUUGAUGAUGAUGGAGCGUUUGUUAGUUGCAUGAAUCGUUGUGGAUUGUCAUGGAAGUGGCCUGAGAAACCGGACUGUAUAUUCUAUCCAAUGGAUAAGAUUAUUUCGACAUUCAAAACCCAUCAAAAUUGGGCACGAAGCGCGCGUUUUUUCGAGUACCGGAACUGGAGUAUAAAUGGGGUCAACCAAAAAAAUAAAUAA